AUGGCUCACUUUUUCCUAUAGCUGGAGUGGGAGGUGGAGGUGGUCCAAUGCCAGCACCACCACCAGGAGCAGUUGCAGGACAGCCUGGGGCCAUCGGGAGUAUACCAAGUGGCCCUUCAGCAAAUGAAAAUUUAGAGGAACUAAAAGAGCCAGUUUCAACAAGGAUCUUAUUUCCAGAAACCUGGAUAUGGAGCUCUGCCUCCACUGGUGCUAAUGGUAGAGCAAGCGUUUCUGCUGUCAUCCCUGAUACAAUCACUUCAUGGGUUGCAAGUGCCUUUGCCCUUCAUCCAACUGCCGGACUGGGAGUUGCCCCAACAACUGCAAAAUUGACUGUUUUUCAACCGUUCUUCAUAUCCCUGACCCUGCCAUACAGUGUAGUCAGAGGCGAGGAGUUUGGACUCAUUAUAACGGUCUUUAACUAUAUGGAUGAUGACAUGGAGGUUACUCUGACAUUGAAGAAAUCUUUAGAUUUCAAGGUCAAACAUGGCAACGAUAUUGAUUCCAUGGAGCCAGUCAACAAGGAGGUCGUUGAAAAGAUAAUGAUACCAGCUAAUAGUGGUAAAUCUCAGACAAUAUGGAUCGUCACUGAAGAACUUGGCAAUGUGAAGAUUGAGGUUAUGGCUCAAUCAACUGCUGCUGCAGAUGCUGUUGAGAGAACACUUUUGGUUGAGCCUGAGGGUGUUACCAAAUAUAUCAAUAAAAUGGUUUUCCACGAUCUAUCAGCUGGUGCUUAUUCUGAGACAUAUGAUCUGUCUGUCCCAACAACUGCAAUUAAUGGAUCAAAAAGAGGAGAGAUAUGUGUUGUUGGAGAUAUAAUGGGCCCUGCUUUGGAUGCUGACAAGCUGAGUAAAAUGCUUCGAGUUCCCACAGGUUGUGGAGAACAAAAUAUGUUAGGCUUCGUUCCCAAUGUAUUUGUCUUAAAGUACCUUGAAGCUGUUGAUCGUGAUACAAGUGCGAUUAGAACAAAGGCGACAGCAAAUAUGGAAAUUGGAUACCAACGAGAGUUGAAUUAUCAGAAGAAGAAAAAUGAUGUUGGCUCAUUCUCAGCAUUUGGAGAUCAUGACCCAGAAGGCAGUAUGUGGCUGACCGCAUUUGUCAUAAGAUCAUUUGCCCAGGCUCGUCCAUACAUAAGUGACACAAUAGACAAUAAUAAAAUCAAAGAUGCAAUGGUGUGGAUCAUUAAUGAGCAGAAAUCUGAUGGUAUGUUUCCAGAGAACGGAAAAGUUUGUCACAAAGAUAUGCAGGGAGGAUCAGCUACAAAGGCCACGAUGACAUCAUAUGUCCUGUUGGCACUUCUUGAAAACAAAGACAUGGAUGGGGCUCCAGAUAAUACUGCCUCUGCUAUUACCAAGGCAGUUGGAUUUGUUGAAGGCCAAAUUGAUGGAACAGAUGACCCGUAUGCAUUAGCUAUCAUGGCAUAUGCUCUCACUGUGGCUGAGUCAUCAAGAGCUCAGGAUACGAUAAACAAGCUGAUGAGCAAGAAGAUAUCGUCAGGUGAUCAAACAUAUUGGGAACCAGAAGGAUAUGUAGAACCCCCAGUCUGUGAUCCUAGCAUGCGUUGGUGCCCAUACAAUCACCAAGCUGGGGCGACUUUAAUCGAGACUGCUGCUUAUGCCUUACUGACAUUUGUUGCUAAAGAUGACAUGAAUAAUGCUCUGCCUGUGUUGAGAUGGCUGACCAAACAGAGGAAUUCCCUUGGAGGAUUUUCAUCUACCCAGGACACCGUUAUGGGCUUGUGGGCACUGUCAGAAUUUGGAAUCAUGGCAACAUCUGGUGACAUCAAUGUUGCUGUGUCUGUCACAGCAGAUACCUUCACUCAUAGUUUCGAUACCAUCACCAAUACUAAUGCUGUGAUUCUACAGUGUGUUGUGAUUCCCCAAGAGAAUGAUGAGGUUGCAGUUAGCAUGACAGGACAGGGUGCAGGACUUGUUCAGGUUUCUCUGCAAUAC